GGCUGUCUGUCGCUUCCGCGCUUCAUGCGUCUCACGUUCUCCACGGAAUCUCUUGAGAAAGCCUAUCAGACGUACUUUCUGCGCCAGCGGCAGGAGACGCUACUGGUGCUGAUCGUGUUCGCGGCUCUUUUUAACGGUUAUGUGGUCAUCAUGUGCGCGGUGGUUUACUCUCAGGAUAAACUGAACACACUCGCGGUGGCGGCCGCUGGUCUGGGGUUGGAUAUUCUGCUCUAUACCCUGUCCCGGUUCCGGUUGCUUCCCGAGUCUGUGUCCCGAAGCCUCGUGCCAUACGCGCUCUGGCUGCUCAUCACGGUACACGUGCUGUGCUACUUCGGUUUGAAUUUCGCGGGGUUUUACGCCGCCGGUGAUUCGGUCGGAUGGCAGACCUUCUUCAUCUUCUCAUUCUUCCUCACGCUCCCGCUGCCGCUCGCGCCCAUCGCGCUACUGAGCGCGCUCUCGUGCGCCGCGCACACGGUGCUGCUGGGAGUCACUAUAACGCAGAGAUACCAAGACAAACUUCAGAUAACAACACUGACCAGACAGCUUGUGGCAAAUCUGAUGCUGUAUUUUGGUGUCAUGUUGGUGGGCAUGAUGUCUUAUUUCAUGGCUGACCGAAAAUACCGCACAGCGUUUCUAGAGGCCAAACAAUCUCUGGAAGUCAGUCUUACACUAAAGGAGCAGAGUCAACAACAGGAGGAGUUGUUAUUGUCGAUCUUGCCGAAGCACAUAGCAGAUGAGAUGCUUCAGGGGAUGAAGAAAGGGGCCAAUCAAAAAUCAGAUGCCCAACAGUUCAACACAAUGUACAUGUACCGCCAUGAAAACGUCAGUAUCCUUUUUGCAGAUAUUGUAGGUUUUACUCAGCUGUCAUCUGUUGUCACUCCCAAAGAACUCGUUAAACUACUCAACGAGCUCUUCGCUCGCUUCGACAAAUUAGCACAACAACACCAUCAGCUGAGGAUCAAGAUUCUGGGUGAUUGUUAUUACUGUAUCUGCGGUUUGCCUGAUUACCGUGAAGAUCACGCGGCCUGUUCGAUCAUGAUGGGCCUGUCCAUGGUAGAUGCCAUCUCCUACGUGCGUGAGAAAACUCAGACGGGGGUGGACAUGCGUGUAGGUGUGCACACAGGUACUGUUCUAGGAGGAGUCCUGGGACAGAAGCGUUGGCAGUUUGAUGUCUGGUCCACUGAUGUUACCGUGGCAAACAAGAUGGAGUCGGGGGGCAUCCCAGGGCGUGUACACAUAUCUCAGAGCACAAAGGACUGUUUGCACGGUGAGUUUGAACUGGAGCCAGGGAAUGGAGGAGAGCGCUGUGACUAUCUAAUGGAGAAAGGCAUCGACACAUACCUGGUACUCAUGUCUAACGAAACAGCUAAAACGAACGGAGUGACCAACGGGACGCUGAUCAACACCACAGAGACCAGACGCAGCAACACGUCAUUAAAAAACACACACGAGGAGACAGAAACACAGCAGUUGCAACUGGAUGGUAUGUCAGAUGAAGGGAUGGUAGAUGAGCAGGAUCUCACCCAUCUGCUGAACGAAGUUCUGCUGGAGAGAGAGGCAGAAGAGAUUCUGAAAGAGAGGAGGACAGCUGUUCUGUCUCUGAGGUUUGUGGACUCUGAUCUAGAGACUCGUUAUUCUGCAGAGAAAGAGAGACAGACUGGUGUUGCUUUCAGCUGCAGUUGUGUCGUUCUGAUCUUCACCUCUGCCAUGGAAAUACUCAUAGAUCCACAGUUGAUUGUGAAUUAUGUGACUCUGGCUGUGGGUGAGGUGUUACUGCUGAUUCUGACUCUGUGUUCACUGGCUGCUAUCUUCCCUCGAGUGUUCUCCCGAAGGUUGGUGUCGUUCUCGCAGUGGAUUGAUCGCACACGUUGGGCUCGUAACACAUGGGCCAUGGCUGCUAUAUUUGUUCUGACUAUGGCUGAGGUGGCCGAUAUGCUGAGCUGUGUUCAGCCUCCUCUGCUGCUGCUCAACUCCAGCUCUGGCCUGACUCUCGAAACUCUGGGUGAUGGUGGGUGUGCAGAGAACCCCAAACAUUACAGCUACAUAUCUGUGUUGUCACUCGUGGCAACCGUCAUGCUCGUCCAGCUCAGCCAUGUCGUCAAGCUGGCGCUCAUGCUGUUGGUUACCAUAGCAACAGGUGCCGUAAACAUCCACAGCUGGAUGUACAUUUACGAAAUCUUCGAUUUAAUUCGCUACCUGGACUACAGGUACUCUGUGGUUCCCACCAGAUAUCUGCUCACCAUGAUGAUUAUUAUUAUGAUGAUCAGUUUCUACUACUUUGCACGUCAUGUGGAAAGACAGUCCCGUAAGCUUUUUCUGUGGAAGAUGGAGGUGCAUGACCAGAAGGAGAAAGUGUAUGAAAUGAGAACAUACAAUGAGGCAUUGGUCACUAACAUGCUGCCUGACCAUGUGGCUAAACACUUUCUGGGCUCCAAGAAACGAGAUGAGGAGCUCUACAGUCAGUCUUAUGAUGAGACUGGCGUGAUGUUCGCCUCUAUUCCAAACUUCUCUGACUUUUACACAGAGGAGAGCAUAAACAAUGGAGGAAUAGAAUGUCUUCGCAUCCUAAAUGAGAUCAUCUCUGACUUUGACAGUCUCUUGGAUCGCUCUGAGUUUCGUUUCAUCACAAAGAUUAAGACCAUCGGUAGCACGUAUAUGGCUGCAUCAGGUGUGACACCAGAAAGCAACACUAACGGAUACGGCAACCGCAAGUUGGAGGAUAGUUCCAUAUUAGAGCGUUGGCAACACUUUGCUGAUCUAGCAGACUUCGCCCUGGCUAUGAAAGUCACACUUGGAAAUCUAAACAAACAGUCAUUUAAUAACUUCAUGCUGCGCAUAGGUCUGAAUAAGGGAGGCAUAUUAGCUGGAGUCAUUGGUGCUCGUAAACCUCAUUUUGAUAUCUGGGGAAACACUGUGAAUGUGGCCAGUCGUAUGGAGUCAACUGGGGUCAUGGGUAACAUACAGGUGGUGGAGGACUGCUAUAACAUCCUGAAGGAGUAUGGUUUCCGUUUUGUAAGAAGAGGACCCAUCUAUGUGAAAGGAAAAGGAGAAUUGCUCACUUACUUCAUGAAGGGCAAAGAUAAACCUGUCGCAAACACAACCGUCUCUCUCCCACAUCAAAUAUUAGACAAAUCCUGAGAAGACUGUAAA